UAUGGGACAGUCCGGGAGCCUUGGCGGCCGCGCUCGUCUGUGUCUUCUCUGUCGCCUCCUCGCGUAGUGCGAGCGCUCGGGGCCGGCUCCGGGGAUGUAAGAGUCCAAACCUUCGGCUGCUGGGAAUCCGCUCAGGAUCUGCCAGCCGGGGCCGAGUUCCAGCUUGCUAGUUCGGGAGGCUCCCAGACUCGGCUUCCCCGAGUGCCCAGAAAGAUGAAUCCGUCCUCGGUGCCCCCUGCGCUCCCGCCGCCAGGGCAGCAAGUCAUCCACGUCACGCAGGACCUCGACACGGACCUCGAAGCCCUCUUCAACUCUGUCAUGAACCCCAAGCCCAGCUCUUGGCGGAAAAAGAUCCUGCCGGAGUCCUUCUUCAAGGAGCCCGAUUCUGGCUCGCACUCGCGCCAGUCCAGCACCGACUCAUCGGGCGGCCACCCCGGGCCUCGACUGGCGGGCGGCGCGCAGCACGUCCGCUCGCACUCGUCGCCCGCAUCCCUGCAGCUAGGCACUGGUGCGGGCGCCGCUGGAGGCCCUGCACAGCAGCACGCGCAUCUCCGUCAGCAGUCCUAUGACGUGACUGACGAGCUGCCACUGCCCCCCGGGUGGGAGAUGACCUUCACCGCCACUGGCCAGAGAUACUUUCUCAAUCACAUAGAAAAGAUCACCACAUGGCAAGACCCUCGGAAGGCGAUGAAUCAGCCCCUGAAUCAUGUGAACCUCCACCCUGCCAUCACAUCCACGUCAGUGCCGCAGAGGUCCAUGGCAGUGUCCCAGCCGAAUCUUGUGAUGAAUCACCAACACCAGCAACAAGUCGUGCCCAGUAACCUGAGUCCACAGAACCACCCAACCCCAAACCCACCCACGGGGCUCAUGAGCGUGCCCAAUGCGCUGACCACUCAGCAGCAGCAGCAGCAGAAACUGCGGCUCCAGAGGAUCCAGAUGGAAAGAGAGAGGAUCAGGAUGCGUCAAGAGGAGCUCCUGAGGCAGGAAGCUGCCCUCUGCAGACAGCUCCCCAUGGAGGAGACCAUGGCCCCUGUCAACCCGCCUGCCAUGACCACAGAUAUGCGGUCCAUCACCAACAACAGCUCAGAUCCUUUCCUCAAUGGAGGGCCCUAUCAUUCAAGGGAGCAGAGCACGGACAGUGGCCUGGGGUUGGGGUGCUACAGUGUCCCCACAACUCCAGAGGACUUCCUCAGCAACAUGGACGAGAUGGAAACAGGAGAAAAUGCAGGUCAGACACCGAUGGCCGUCAAUCCCCAGCAGACCCGCUUCCCUGAUUUCCUUGACUGCCUUCCAGGAACCAAUGUUGACCUAGGGACUUUGGAGUCUGAAGAUCUGAUCCCCCUCUUCAAUGAUGUCGAGUCCGCGCUGAACAAAAGCGAGCCCUUUCUAACCUGGCUGUGAUCGCUCCCGUGGUCACGUGUGGCAGCUGUGACCUGAUCUUUCCUGGGCCUCGUGGAACAAGUGCCGGAGCGAAGCAGGUCCACAGGUGUACUGCUCCCGGCCUCCGUACCCACACUCCUGGUCCAUGCAGCCAGCUAAUCAUUGCCUGGGCUUGACUUCCAAGAACUUAAGUGACACAUAAAUAAACGUUCUCUUCAUUUUCCGCCAGCCUGCAUUUCCGUGACAGAUAGUGCAGAAUUGAUUAUGCAGAAUAACUCCUUAAAAAUCCCUGCUACCCCGUGGCUUAGCUUUAUAGGCACUAGCUAAAAUUCAUAUGUCAAUUGAUUCUAAGCCAUAAAAGCUGACCCCAGGCAGUGAAUUCUGACUGGCAGCUUGGUCCAAGAAAUGUGCACAAAGACCCAAUUUGCAGUUUCAAAAACUGUACUGAUAACCCUAGUAACAAAUGGUUUAAAACUUAUUUAACUUGAUCUUAAAAAAAAAAAAAAUCAUUGUAUAGUUAGUAAAUUUCUGUUGUGUGGAAUAUGAUGCAGUUUGGAAUCCAUGCUGGCUCUGAUGUCUGCUCUGAUUCUGCAUUUACAAAGGCACAGAGUCCUAAUGUCACCACUCUUCACCAUUUGACGGCGGAGCACCCAGCGGCUCGGUGCUGCGUGCAGAAGGGCCGCUGUGGUAUUUGUCGCAGGUCUUGCAUGACAGGUCGUAUGAAAGAGACCAGUUUGGUACUGAGAUGAACAAUUAUGAAGCCAAACUUUUUUUUUUUUUAAUUGCAACCUGUAUUCUUUGCAAAAUGCAGCUUGGAAUCUGUUUGUUUUAUGGAACACUGUCAUUUUGUGGCUAUGACAAAGGGCCGCCGAAUGUUUUUUGAUGAAUCAGUGGCAACUAUUUUUGUCUUUUGACCUAUUCGGAAAACAUCAGGCCAGCGUAGAUCUCAGCCUGACGACACGCAAAUUAGCUGUUGCAUUUUGUACUCUGAGGCAUUAUCAAUUCUGCUUUCGAGGUUUCAAGCGCUUAAAAAUGAUCCUGUCUGUAGAAGUGUUUGAAGAAUGAAACAGAUGCCUGACUGUGUAUACAGAAAGGCCUUGACAGGGUGUGUCGUCUAGAUUUGUGCUUCUGAGCGGAGUAAGAUUGAUUGCUAAGUAUGUUAUCCUAACCCCUUUGCUAAGUUGGUACAAAAAGGCAUAAGAUAUGUACUCAAUACCUCUUAUGUAACCAACUUUUUUUUUUUUUAUUAUCUCUUAAGGACUGAGAGCAUUGUGUUCAUUUAGCAGGCGGUCUGCCCGCACUAGCAAUGAAGUCCUUAGCUCUUUAUUAUUUUGAACUGACAUUAUUUAUAGUGUAUGAAUUUAAUCUCCUUUUUUAUUUUUAUUUUUUGAAAGACAUAAAGAAUCCGAGAGGAAACUUUCAGUGUCCAUGAGGGUGAGGGCUUUGUUGUUCAGGAUCUUUAAUAAGAUCCCUUCGGUUUAUUGAAAUAUAGAUGCACAGAGUACAUUUGGUUGUGGUGGGAAGAGGCAAGUGAAAGGUCAGAGAUGAAGCUGUGGAAUAUGCCAGAAAGGCCAGUCGAUGGGAAAUGAGCCAGACUCAUCAGAACCCCUCAAAAGCGAGGCAAGCAAGACGGGCGAAAAGUGCCCUCGAAGAACAAAGCAACAAUUUUCUCUCAGCCUUCAUACCAAAAGACCCUGCUGUCAGAGAGAAGAGGGUUAGGGUGCACUUUACCGGGGAGGGGCAGAGAGGAGGAAGGGGCAGGGCUGUGGCACUCUGAUGCUCUCUGUCUCUGUGCUUGCUAAACACGUCAGCAGACAAGAGCGUGGGCCACUGUUGCAUCCAGCACUCUGAAAUGAUUUCUCUUUCCUUGGAAGAGCCCCAAUUAACGCCCAGUUAACCCCUUGAGCACUCUGAGAGAGGCGAGUUGGUAUUUAUGUUGCUACUAGGUUGAAAGGGAGCACUCCUUCUUAUUCUCUUUUGUUAGCAAAAAUUGCAAAAAGAGUUGUACAUUCUUUCUGAGGAAAAUCAAAAACAAACCAAAACACAAGGGACCUAACAAAACUCGACAGUGUUACUGUAUUUAAAAAUAUUUUUAUACAUGCAUU